AUUAUGUAUAUGUGGUUGUCUUUGGUUUUUGUUGGUGUAAUCGACAACAAACAAUGACUAUUCCUCCUAUCCAGCUGCUGCUCUUCAUUUGCUUAUUGUUCUGUAUAUUAUUUUCUGCGAAUCAUUCAGAAGCAGUAGUCUCAAGUGGUAACCUGGUAACUUAUCUUCCUGGAUUAGCAAUUCAACCUCUUCCUUUCCAUCUAGAAACUGGGUAUAUAGGUGUUGGUGGUGGUAGUAAUAGCAAAUCAUCCUCACACGGUGACAGUGAUGAUGAAGGUGCUAAUCAAUUGUUUUACUACUUUUUCAAGUCGGAGAGAAAAGAAGCUCCUCUUGUUUUAUGGCUCACCGGUGGUCCUCGUUGCUCCGGGUUGAGUCCUUUAGUUUUCAACAGAGGUCCUAUACAGAUUGAUAAAGUAGUGGAAUACAAAAAUGGUACUAGCUUACCAACAUUCAAAUUGAAUCCGUAUUCAUGGACAAAGAUUGCCAACAUGAUUUUCUUGGAUGAGCCUGUGGGCACUGGAUUCUCAUAUUAUUCAAAGUCCUCACAUGAUCAAUCACAAAUGGGUGACAUUCUAUCGGCUAGAAAUACUUACGAAUUUCUUGUAAAGUGGUUGAUUCAAAACCCAGAAUUCCAGUCUAACCCAGUUUACAUUUCCGGUGAUUCAUAUUCUGGCAUCAUUAUCCCAAUCAUUGUGCAAGAUUUGAUUAGAGAUAUUGAAGUCGGAAAGUACCCAUUUCUCAAUUUUAAGGGUUAUUCGUUGGGCAAUCCGGUUACCUAUCGCCGACUAGAAGAAAAUUCAUUUAUACCAUUUGCCCGUAACUUGGGGUUUGUAUCUUAUGAACUCUAUCAGUCAAUGAGGGUAAACUGCAGGGGAAAUUUUCUUAAUUUUGAUAUCUCAAAUGGGAAUUGUUCGGACGAUCGCCGGGAAUUUGAAGAGUUGGUCUCAGGAAUAAACCGAAAUCAAGUUACAGAACCCCUUUGUCAUAAUGCACUUACUACUUCCCCAAACCCCAAAGAGAUGUUGAAAAAUAGACGCCGAAGGUCUCUUGUUACAACCCGAGAAGGUUUACAUGCGUAUGAUGCUAGUUGCCCACGGAUGUAUACUUAUGUACUAUUGGAGCAUUGGGCAAACGAUAAUCGGGUUCGAAAAGCACUCCAUGUUAAAGAGGUUCGUACAGUUACGCUACCAGAAUUUGGUUCCUAUGAAAAAUGGAAUAGAUGCAACUAUGACUUACCCUACACCGCCGAAGUAACAAAUGCUAUAGAAUAUCAUCAGAACAUUAGCCCGAAAGGUUAUAGAUCUUUUAUUUACAGUGGUGACCAUGACAUGAUUGUUCCACAUAUAUCUACGGAAGCAUGGAUACGAACACUUGCCAACUUGUCCAUCACAGAGGAGUGGCGUCCGUGGUUCGUGGACGGACAAGUUGCAGGAUACACAAGGACUUACUCUAAUGGCUUAACAUAUGCGACGGUUAAGGGAAGUGGUCAUACAGCUCCAGAGUACACCCCAAAAGAAUGUUUGAACAUGUUUGAAAGGUGGUUUUCAAAUACUCCUUUGUAAAGGACUGAUAUGCAGAUUAAUAGCUCUAUCAAUUAGCGUCAGAAAUUUAUACAUUCUUAUUAUUUAUCUUUUAGUGUGGAAGUUAUUUUAUUUAUUUUGACUUGAAAGCACCAUUUGUCUAAGUCUUAACUUGAAGUGAAAGAAUUA